CAUAUCUCGACAACCCCACUACUCACCGCAGCGCAUAGUCUCUACAAGCUGGUUACAGGCUACCUGGCGAUGUAGUCUUAAUGUCUAAACCAACCAAGUCCUUCUUUGACCAAGAACAGAAGCCCAAUGUCCGUAUAUGGGUUUUCAGACUGUAUCGUGUCGUUGGCUAAUGGCUAUAACAGCAUCGAUAUUCUAAUUGGAAGCGGAGCAGCACUUUCCAUGCUCCGACAUGCAUAGAGACGAGGCCUACCCGAGACUUCAUGACUGGACCACCCAUACCGCCGAGCAAGCGCACGAAGUCGAAGCUCAAGGCAUUCCAAUUCAUCGAUGGGGCUCCUCCAGCCGAGGAAGAGAAAGAGAACCAAUGUGGAACACCAGACAAGCAGCGACAGAGAUCCUGCGAGACGCUGCACAACGACAAAUUACAUGAGAAUGUAUCCAUGACUGUGUCGCCACUCGCGCCACCACCUUCAACACCAGCAACUCGACUUCCACUUGCACUUCUGGUCGGCAAUUCGGACGAUUAUUUGAGGAAGGGACCAAUAGAUGACUCCCCAGAGGAUCUUGUCUACUGGCAUCACAAUGUCUCACCUCGAAGCUCUAUGGCUAAUGUCAUCACGCCAGCACAACUUCGUGGAAAGAAGCGAGCACGCAGCUCUUCGCCGGUCACAUCUUCACAACAAGACAAGUCGGGCUUUCUCUGCGAUAGAGACCCAUUGAAACCGAUACCCAUACAUGCCACUCUGACCACACCCCAAGCUGAUCCAGCGGCGGAUCUUUGGAACAAAUACUCGCUCAACGGAGAAGGCUCUCUUAAAACGCCUGCAUCGAAGAUUGAUACUAUAUUUUCACACCUUAUCAAUGAGUCUUCUCCGCGGUCCAGCGCAACUGCAGGCAGCGUAGGUGGGUUGCGGCGAUGGGCAAGCUGUGGUGUUGCUUGGCCCACAUCCAAAAGUAAAAGGAGAAGGCUUGCGGGCACCUUUCGAAGUAGCAAGGGCGAUAGUGUUGUUGAAAAUGAGAGUGGAAUGAAUGAGAGCAAGCCAGUCACCACGAAGGCAGAGAGACUCUUGGAAAGAAUCCAAGAGACUUUGGCCGAUGACAAGCGACGGAAGGUAUCAGCGCUACCAUCGAGUUCCUCUCCUUCCGCGAAUACGUAUCGCACUGUGGAGAAAGACGUUGAGUCUCCAUUACAACGUAAGAGGAGGAGCCAGCGGCCCCCAUCCCAGGAACAUGUUGUCAAGCGAUCUCCUCUUAGGUUGAGUCCAGCAGUGGAAAAAGCUGUGAGUUCCAGCUCGUCAGACUAUGGUGACGACGACAUAGACCUCGAUGUUGUCGCAGCCAUGAAUGAUCCACUUGCUCGACUAGCUGCAAAAGAGCCCGCUGGUAGGACGUCCGAAAUUAGGACAUCACAACCCCUUGACACUUGCGCUGUGUCAUCUUUGCAUGCACCACCACAACCUACGAAUGAUGUCUUUAGCAGCGAUGACGAGUUUGGCGAUGAAGAUCUGUUCAAUGAUGAAGCUGAUGCCCUAGCGGCAGCGUGCGACAGUGCAGGUCCACCGCCAGCUGCAGGUCCUCCUAGACUUGCAUCGAAGCCAGCGCACGUAUUUCAGAGCCAGCGGUCUGUAUCUGCGACUAAAGAUUCCCUAGCUAAAUAUGAUGCGUCUGAUGACGAAUUCGGUGGCGACGAUAUUGACGAUGAUCAUUUCGUAGCAGCCGUCAAUAUUGCAACUCAACAAGGCAAGGUCUUGGGCGGCACGCAGGCGUCUGUACGUAUUUGGUCAUGAUCUAUGGAUAUGUCAUAUGCUGAGUCUAUGAAGGUUAGAACGACCUCUAAGAUCAUAGAUCCACUACUAGUCAUCGAAAUUCAAGAGACCUUCUAUGUCAAUGCAAGAAACCAGCAUGUACCUCAAAAGGUCUACUU